CUUCACGUUUUGGAUACAGCAGGCCGGGUGAGCGGAGAUCCCAGGCACUGGCCAGGGCCACUGCCCUGAUUCCAACAGCUGCCAUGAACCACUUCCAGGCCAUCCUGACUCAGGUGCGAACGCUGCUCUCCAGCCAUCGGCCCAGCCUGGUGCAGGCCCUCCUGGACAGCCUGCUGAAGGAGGAGCUCCUCUCCAGGGAAUACCACUGCACCCUGCUCCAUGAGCCUGAUAGCGAGGCUCUGGCCAGGAAGAUCUCUUUGACCCUGCUAGAGAAAGGAGACCUGGACUUGGCCCUCCAGGGGUGGGCCUGGAGUGGGUUGCAGCCCCCAGCGACCAGGAAAGGCCCCAGCCACAGGGACCAUGGUGGUAAGUUGGCAUCACUUUUACUCAAGGAGAAAUGA